CAGCAGCAGCAGCAGCAGCAAAAAGUGCAACCAACAACUGACUUUGGUCCUGACAGUGGGGGAAGAAUUAAGGGUCUAACAAUUGUGAAGCCUAUAGUAUAUGGCAAUGUUGCUCGUUUUUUUGGCAAAAAGAGAGAGGAAGAUGGGCACACUCAUGAAUGGACAGUUUAUGUCAAACCGUAUAACAAUGAGGACAUGUCUACAUAUGUGAAAAAGGUCCAUUUUAAGCUACACGAGACGUAUGCCAACCAGAACUGUGUGUUGACAAAGCCGCCCUACGAAGUCACAGAGACAGGAUGGGGAGAGUUUGAGAUUGUCAUCAAAAUCUUUUUUCAUGAUCCAAAUGAAAGACCAGUAACCAUAUACCACAUUCUGAAGCUGUUCCAAUCUCCUCCUGGCACUACACCACCUGUCGUGUCCAGCGAUUUCAAGAAGCCACUUGUGUCUGAAUUUUACGAGGAGCUCAUCUUCCAGGACCCCUCUGCCAUGAUGAGACAGCUGCUAACCAACACCCGACAACUGACUCUUGGAGAGUACACCCACGAUACUGACUUUGAAGACAAGAAGGAGAAGACAAUAAAAAACUUAUUAAAUGCCAAAGAGAAAAUAGCAAAUGAAAUCAUGGACUUGCGAGAGAAGAUCAAACUUGCCAAAGACACAAUUGGCAAGUUCAAAGAGGAAAUUAACAAGUCACACUCAGAAAUGUCUGUGGAUGUAUCAGGAUUAACAUGAACUUUUUCUUUCUCUCAUUUAUGAAAUAAGUCUGAUUUCUUUCUUUUUGUAUAUGAAUAAAAAAAAUUAAAUAGUGAUGUUCCUUUAACUCAUCAAAUUUAGUGAAAUAUUCCAUAGAAUUCACUGGAACACACACUAAAGAUAAAUCAUUAAACUAAGUAAAGAAAUCA